CCUUUGCUGCAGCUCAUCAUCACUUUUACCCGAACGAUCUUCAGUACGUGCGCGCUGCCGGGUGAGUUUACAAAUGCACUGCUGCACACUCUAAAAGGAAUCACACAGAUACGUAUAUUGAUAAUAGAAAUAUAUAUACAUCAUGUUGUCCGAUAAUAUGACGAUGGCCAUCAAGAUCUGGACAUUCCUCACGUUGUUCACCUGUGUGGUGAACGGUCAGAGAAAACCACCAAAUUACCAGCAAAAUGAAAUGCCACCGACCAGUUUUAGCUGCAAGGACAAAAUCGUGGGCGGAUACUACGCGGAUCCUGAAACGUCUUGUCAAAUGUUCCACGUCUGCGUGAACGUCGUCGGGACCGGGGUUCAAGAUUUUCGAUUCCUGUGCCCGAACAACACAGCUUUCGACCAAGAAAAUCAGAUUUGCGACGACUGGUAUAACAUUGACUGCGAGGCAGCCACGUUGUUUUACAGCGACAAUUUUGACUUGUAUAAACUCGGAUUUAGCGGAGCUCCAUCCACAUCUGGCAAAGCCACACCAAUACCAUUGGGUCCAUCCAGUGCUUCACCGAACGUGGCAGUCCAUCCACAACCCAGUCCUAGGAGACCUUCACUCUCCACUCCCGUUAACAACGCAGUGUCGGAGAACGACGAUGACUACUUCCUGCAGAGGAGCGAUGCCACUGACAGUCGGCUCCAACAAGAUCUUUUGAGGGGCAGCAGCUCAGGCAACUUUUUCAGCAACAAGAACAGAGGCGUCGAGAACCCAGACGACUACGACGAUGGACGGGUGAUUGCUUCAUCCAAAGACGUGCCAAAGAAGAACACCAAAGCGCCGUUCAGGAAAUUGUUGACAGGCAAGAAACCGGUCUCUGAAUCUGCUACGAAUGCUCCGAGCACCGCCUACGGCACCACCGGAACCACAGCCGCCGCCACUAUCACCAGCACCAGUACGGUCAGGCAGCCCAAUUACAAGCCGACCACAUACCGGAGCAAGGACCGUGGCCGCGUGAACUACAAGACAUACUUAGACAAGCAGACCAAAGCUGAUGAGUAUGACAGUCAAAAAAUUGCCAAGCCCGCCACCGCUAUCCAAUCCACGACGUUCGCUCCAUCAACCGGUAAUACUUACCGUUUACAACCUACUGUGACCGCAACUGCCACCGAUAACACAUAUCAGACCACGGUAUCCAACGCUGUGCAGCAAAAUAAUAGGCCAAAAAACAACGAUUUCCUGCGCAUUACACCACCAGGAAAUAACAACAACAAUAACGGCGGUGGUUUCCAAUCAGCCCGGAUUAACGUGGCGCCGCCCACCAACUUCCAGACAAAUAAUGGAUUCCGUCAGGCUAACGACCAGGCUCAGAAUUUCCAGCAAAACGUCAUCAACUACAAUCAAGGCUUCCAGUCGGAUAAAACCACUUACUCCACAACCACUCAAAACUUAAACCCGGCAAACUUUCAGUCUGACAAGAUCUAUACGACAACACAAAAAUACAUCCAGAACCCGACAACGAAUACCUUCCAGCCACAGGGUAGCAACACGUUCCAGCCAGGCAAUACUUUCCAGCCUGCUGUAAACAAUUUCCAGCAAGCUAACAAUUUCCAGCAACCCAACAAUUUCCAACAAGGCAACAAUUUCCAGCAAGCCAAUAAUUUCCAGCAAGCCAAUAAUUUCCAGCAAUCCAACACUUUCCAACCAUCCAACAAUUUCCAGCAAGCCAACACUAUCCAACCAUCCAACACUUUCCAACCAUCCAAUAACUUCCAGCAAGCUAACAAUUUCCAGCAAUCCAACACGUUCCAGCCAGCUAACAAUUUCCAAACAGUGACUCCCACGACGCAAAAGUUCAACUCGUACCAGCCGUCGUCACCGAUCGCAUAUCAACAGUCCACAAACGUGUUCCAGUCAUCGACACCAAACAACGCGGGCAACUCGUUCCAACAGUCGUCCCAGCAACCACUAUUCCAGUCCACCACCGAGCACUUCUCCAAAGACUUCAAAGCAAAGUUCGACCCAUACAACAGCUACCACCAGAGUACUAACGAGGAGGCGGGCGAGACUCUAAAGACGGCGCCUAGCACUAACUUGAGGCCGAGUGAACUCAACGCACUCAUCCAGCCCAGACCUAAAUCGAUAAACGCCACGCUAUCGGUCGGGUUUAGUUUCAACAAGGUGGACGGCGGAGUGGCCAAGUCCACCGUCAUCGUACCUGCGCCGACUACGCAAAAGCCAAGGCCUUUCACUACGCAACAGCCCUCUUCGACAACACAGUUUGUCACAGCCAGAUCAACCACGGCUUUCGUGAGUGCCGCUCCCAGCAGCAGUGCCAAAAAGGCCGUCACCAAAGACAAGGACUCGUCGUACGAUUAUGCGUACUACGACGACAGCAACCAUAACGAUUACACCGACGUGGUGCCCGAAGACUUUUCCAGAAUUCACAACGCAAAAAUUUUUUAAGUAAAUACUAAAGUUCUCCUCUCCCCACAAACUUUCAAAAGCCUUUAACGUGUAAGUUUUUUGUAAAUAAAUCGUAGGUUUACGUCUAAAGUAUAUAAUAUUAUAAAAUUUAAUACAAAAAUACGUUAUAAUGGUAUAUUAUUAUAUUCUUCGGCCACGCGAAGCAAAUUCUUCAGUGCCAAUCAGUUCGACGACGACACGUUGGUCAAACGUAGGUUACGAGCAGACUUGGGAAGUUCACCCGAACAACUUUUAUGAAUCCUAGCUUCUAAGUCCCUUUAGUAUUCGUCCAGCACUGCCCUGUGAGAACUCCUCCAGCUACCCGGAAUGAUUCAGGUGCCAAUUCUAGUACCUACCUGGCAGGUUCCGGCAGGUAUAACUGUUAAUUAUCGAAUAAUUUGCCGCGUUCAAUUAUACGUGAACAGUUGAAACAUAUACUAACCUGGCGGUAAAAUUGGCAGUGCACGAAAAACGUUAACUUUUUAUUGUUUUUUUUUUUUUUUUUUUCGAAAAC